CUAUCUAUCAAUCUUCCCCUCCCUUACCUUGGAUCUGUAGGAGACACACAGAAGAGUCAACCCAAUCGGACCCCCAAGACAAAGGAUGCCCACGUCUGUGGCAGAUGUUGCGCUGAGUUCUUUGAACUACCGGACCUGCUACAGCACAAGAAGACCUGUACUAAAAAUCAACUGGUUUUAAUUGUGAAUGAAAGCUCUGUAUCUCCUUCGGAAGCCUUCCCUCCGAGCCCUCCUAAAGAUAAUCCCGAUGAACGGAAGAACAAGACAGAUCACAACGUGGAUCAAGUUGAAGGCAGCAACAUUCCCGAGCGAGACGACAAACUUGACAAGGAAGAAACCAUGGAUACAGAAUCUUCUUCCAGUGUUAGCAAAAGCACUAGCAGUACUUCCCAGACCGUCGACAGUACUAUUGCAAGCAGUAACUGCUCCACCAAGGGUACCUCAGCUCUUACAACCUCUCUACCUCAACUGGGAGAUCUGACCAUGCUGGGCAAUUUCUCCAUGAUCAAUAGCAACGUCAUCAUUGAGAACCUUCAGAGCACGAAAGUAGCGGUGGCCCAGUUCUCUCAGGAAGCGCGCUGCAAUGGCACCUCAACUCACAAGUUGGCCGUCCCUGCCCUCAUGGAGCAACUAUUGGCUUUGCAACAGCAGCAGAUCCAUCAGCUGCAACUGAUUGAACAAAUCCGCCACCAAAUAUUACUGCUGGCUUCCCAGAACACAGACUUGCCAACGACGUCUCCAAACCCAUCACAGAGUACAGUACGAGCAUCAGCCAACCCCUUGUCAACAUUAAGUUCCCAUUUAUCCCAACAGCUGGCUGCAGCAGCUGGAUUGGCACAAAGCCUCGCUAGUCAAUCUGCCAGCAUUGGUGGUAUGAAACUUCUGUCUCCUCUACAGCUACCUCAGAGCAAUUCUGGCAACACUAUGAUUCCAUCCAGUAGCGGCUUAUCUCCGAGUAUUAGCCUAGCUACCGCAGCGAUUACUACGUUAUCUUCUGACAAAGUGACUACGAACACUGGUGUUCCACUGCUUGGCAACCCGGCAGGGACCGUGUCGUCAUCGCCAGCUUUUGCAAUAAGCAGUUUAUUAAGCCCUGUAUCAAAUCCUCUUCUACCUCAACCCACUCUUAGUAACUCUGUGUUCCCCAAUCCUUUAUCCAAUCUCGGAACAACCACAGAGGACUUAAACCCAUUGUCUGCUUUGGCCCAGCAGAGGAAAAACAAGCCGCCCAAUCUAGCCGCUUUUGAAACAAAAACUAAUUCGGACGAAGCCUUCUUCAAGCAUAAGUGCAGGUUCUGUGCGAAGGUUUUUGGGAGCGACAGUGCCUUGCAGAUCCAUUUACGUUCUCAUACUGGGGAGAGGCCCUUCAAAUGCAACAUCUGUGGGAACCGGUUUUCCACCAAGGGGAAUUUAAAAGUCCACUUCCAACGGCAUAAAGAAAAAUACCCUCACAUUCAAAUGAACCCAUACCCGGUGCCAGAGCAUUUAGACAACAUUCCCACAAGUACGGGGAUCCCAUAUGGGAUGUCCAUACCACCAGAGAAACCGGUCAGCAGUUGGUUGGACAACAAGCCAGUGUUAUCCACUUUGACCCCAUCUGUUGGCCUGCCACUUCCACCCACAAUUCCAAGCUUGACACCUUUUAUCAAAAUGGAGGAGCCUCAACCCAUUCCUAUCAGUCACCCUUCAUCUAGUCCUCCAUCUUCUGUUAAAAGCGACUCUGGCUCCAUUGAUCCUGCGGGGAAGAACUCUAAUGGGCCUCUGGCAGAAGGGGAAAUGGGUGCUUUGCUGUCCUCCAGCGACAAACCAGAAGAAAGCAUGCCCAGUGUUUCUUCUAGUGUGAACCACUCUACAACCUCCCCGGCAGCCGAAUCAGAUUCCAGCAACGUGGUUGCUUUUACCAGUCCUCUGAUGCCUCUCAUGUCCGACCAGUUUAAGGCCAAGUUUCCAUUUGGAGGGCUGCUGGAUGGAACACCAGCCUCGGAGACCUCAAAGCUACAGCAACUUGUAGAAAACAUUGACAAAAAGGCCAGCGAUCCCAACGAGUGUCUCAUAUGCCAUCGAGUGCUCAGUUGCCAGAGUGCUCUGAAAAUGCACUACCGCACGCAUACUGGUGAAAGGCCCUUCAAGUGCAAGAUCUGUGGCCGGGCCUUCACUACGAAAGGCAAUCUAAAGACCCAUUAUAGUGUCCAUCGUGCCAUGCCACCCUUAAGAGUGCAACAUUCCUGCCCCAUCUGCCAGAAAAAGUUCACUAAUGCAGUUGUGUUGCAGCAGCACAUCAGGAUGCAUAUGGGGGGCCAGAUUCCUAACACACCAGUGGCGGAAAACUAUCCCGAGUCCAUGGAAUCUGACACGGGCUCGUUUGAUGAGAAGACCUUUGAUGAUCUGGAUACAUUCUCUGAUGAGAACAUGGAAGACUGUCCUGAUAGUAGCGUACCAGACACCCCUAAAUCUGCUGAUGCAUCUCAAGAUAGUUUAUCAUCCUCCCCAUUGCCACCAGAAAUAUCAAGUAUUGCUGCUUUAGAAAACCAGAUGAAGAUGAUCAAUGCAGGGCUGGCUGAACAGCUUCAAGCGAGCUUAAAAUCUGUGGAAAAUGGGUCGGUCGAAGGGGACAUUAUGACAAACGAUUCUUCAUCGGUGGGUGGUGAUAUGGAAAGUCAAAGUGCUGGAAGUCCUGCCAUUUCAGAGUCUACCUCUUCCAUGCAGGCCUUAUCCCCAUCCAACAGCACAAUGGAUUUCUACAAAUCACCGGGCAUCGAAGACAAACCGCUACGGACUUUACCGAACGACUUUGCCAAUGGUUGGCCUGUCGCCUUUGCCAACGGCGGUGCUUUGGACUUGACCUCGGGCCACCCAGAAAAAAUGGUGAAGGAAGAACCGCUGGGCAUGUUGUUUCCUUUCCGCGACAGAGGCAAACUUAAGAACACGGCGUGCGACAUUUGUGGCAAAACUUUUGCUUGUCAGAGUGCCUUGGACAUUCAUUACAGAAGUCAUACCAAAGAGAGACCGUUUAUUUGCACAGUCUGCAAUCGUGGCUUUUCCACAAAGGGUAAUUUGAAGCAGCACAUGUUGACACAUCAGAUGCGAGAUCUACCAUCACAGCUCUUUGAACCCAACUCAAACCUUGGCCCAGCUCAGAACUCUUCCUCCUCCAUCGUACCUGCAAACUCUCUCUCGUCCCUGAUAAAGGCCGAGGUCAACGGUUUUGUACAUGGCUCUCCUCAGGACCACAAAGAGACACUGCCCAGCUUGCUUCCUUCAGGACCUUUGCUGCCUUCGGCGACAUCACCGGUCUUACUUCCAACUCUGCCUCGGAGGACGCCCAAGCAGCACUUCUGCAACGCGUGUGGAAAGACCUUCUCAUCUUCCAGUGCUUUGCAGAUCCACGAAAGGACCCACACAGGGGAGAAGCCUUUCGCCUGCACAAUUUGUGGAAGAGCUUUCACCACCAAGGGCAACCUUAAGGUGCACAUGGGAACGCACAUGUGGAACAGCACACCCGCCAGGCGAGGCAGACGGCUCUCCGUGGACGGGCCCAUGACUUUCCUCGGAAGCAACCCCGUCAAAUUUCCAGACAUGUUUCCAAAAGAUUUGGCCGCGAGGUCGGGAAACGGUGACACUUCCAGCUUCUGGAAUCAAUACGCUGCGGCCCUCUCCAAUGGUUUGGCCAUGAAGACCAACGAGAUCUCAGUCAUCCAGAAUGGGGGGAUCGCCCCCGUUCCCGGGAGCCUGGGCAAUGGCAGCAGCUCCCCCAUUAGUGGUUUGACCGGCAGCCUGGAGAAAUUCCAGGAUUCGGAACCUAACGCGCCUCUAGCUGGCCUGGAGAAGAUGGCUGGCAGCGAAAACGGGACCAGCUUCCGGCUCACCCGCUUUGUGGAGGACAGCAAAGAGAUUGUAACGAGUUAGGACGAAAGGUGGCGGAUACUUUUGUGCAGUUUGUUGCAAUUGAAAGUGGGUUGGGGAGGGGGUUGUGUUGCAGGUUUUCCCCCCUCCCCUCCGUUUGUUCGUUUUUGUUUGUUUUGGCAAAUCCACGACACAGAAACAUUAAAGACACAUCCUUUUUGUACCCGUUGGACAUCUAGAGUUCUAAAAACAGCUUAUUUAUUAGUGAUAAUAACUUUUUGUUUGUUUGUUUGUUUGUUCAUGGCUUUGCAGGGAUAUGCAAGCGUUAAAAGUUCUGUAAGUUGAAGUAAAUACUAAUUAACUAGAGUGCUGUAACAUUUAUGGCAACCCAAGUCUGUUUUGGCCAGACGAUCUCCGGUCUGGCUUUUUAAUUUAUCUCCUUCCUUCCAGUUUUAACCUAAACGUUUUGGUGGUUGUGCGGUGCCUCCAGCCCUUUCCGCCACACUUCAUCCCUCUCCCGCGCGUGUAAACACAAAACAAACGUACGCACCUGUGUGCCCUUCCAUCCUGAUUGAAACUUUUCUUGGCAAAGAGGUUGCUUUAAUUGCACAACCAGCUCUGCGCCCAGGAUUAAAAACGGACCACGCUAAAAAAAAAAAAAAAAAAAAGUCGAAGGAUACCCAUUCCUUUGUCGUGGGCUCGAUUUGAUUUUCGUUGGUUUGGUGGUUGGCAAUUUAUUUUACUCGACGCAUUAAAUUGGCUACGAUUACGAUUAUGAUUAGGUAGAUUUCUUUUGUCCCCUUUUAGAAAUGGUCCUCUUUUUUUGUAUUGUGCUUUUUUACUGGAGUCGUCUUAGAUGUCCGUUUGUUUCUGUACAGUAAACAAGCACGAGAUGAUUAGCGAAAACCCCACAGUGUUGUUUUGCUAGUUCGAAACCCUCUGCCUUGUAGGUAUAUUAUUAAAAAAAAAAAGUACUGGACUUUUGUGCUGCUAAGAUUAUCUUAAACCACACCUUCCAUGGACAACUUAAGAUGCUCUUGUACAUACAGUGAGAAAUAUCAAGAUCAUUAAAAAAAAUGUACAUAUCUUCUCAGCGAAAUCAACGUCUUGACUAAGGGAAUAACUUCAGUGUUGUUUAUUUUAUAUUGGGUAUGACAGGAAAACAAAACAGAACAGAACAGAACAAAAAUAUCUUUGGACUGUUAUAUGCACUUUCUUGGAAAGCCUGAAAAGAAAUAAGUCCAGUUACUUUAUCCUUUAAUACUUACUAACAGCAGAGAGAGACUGUAAUUUUCUGCCAGUAAUCAAAUACAUUUUUUUUCUCU